AUACAAAAAAUGUACAUUAUAGUAUUUAUAUGCUCAUCAAUUCUAUAUCUUUUUUAGCUACCAAGACCAAGAUGGAAAUGACUCUGUUUCAACUUCUAAACCAACUACAUUUACAUCCUAAUUUACAUAUCGUCACCUUUAUUUUCUUCCUCUUCUUCAUUAUCUAUCUGUAUAUUAAGCCCCAAAAAUCAGAUGAGAAGCUCAGCUACCCACCAUCACCGCCGAGGUUACCAAUAAUUGGAAACCUUCAUCAGCUAGGCACACACCCACACAGGUCACUAAGAGAGCUUUCCAACAAGUAUGGUCCCUUAAUGCUCUUACGCUUGGGACAAGUUCCAACUCUGGUGGUGUCAUGUGGUGAAAUUGUUAGAGAAAUCAUUAAGAAACAUGACGUGGUUUUCUCCAACCGGCCUAUAACCACAGCUGGCAAAAUCUUGCUCUAUGAUAACAAGGACGUGGCCUUUUCUCCCUAUGGCGAGUAUUGGCGUCAGGUUAGAAAGAUUUGUGUUGUUGAGCUUUUGAGCCUUAAAAGAGUUGAACAAUUCAAGUUCGUAAGGGAAGAAGCAACAGCCUUAAUGGUCGAUAGAAUAAGGCAAAUUUGUGGUAAGACUAAUGUUCCUUUAAACCUGAGUGAAAUGCUAAUGGAAACCUCAACUGAUAUCAUUUGUAGAUGUGUUAAUGGAAAGAGCUUUAGUAGUAGCAAUGGUGGUGAAGAAGGUGGUAAAGGGAAUCGGUUCGGCGAGUUAUCUAGAAGGUUGUUGGUUCAAUUAAUGUCGUUCAGUUUUGGUGAUUUCUUUCCAUGUUUGGCAUGGAUAGACUCCAUUAGAGGGUUCACGGCUAGCUUGAAAUCCACAUCGAAAGCUCUUGACACGUUUUCGAAUCAAGUGGUUGAAGAACACAAGGCCAUGAUGAGCUUGAGAAGUGGUGAUAAUAUUGGUGUGAUAAAAGAUAACUUUGUUGAUAUUCUUCUGAGAGUUCAAAAAGAUCAUAAACUUGAGUUUGAACUCACUCAAAACGACAUAAAAGCAAUCGUACAAGAUAUGUUCUUAGCUGGAACAGAAACUUCAUCAACAACAUUAGAGUGGUUAAUGACUGAACUAAUGAGACAUCAGAAAGUGAUGAAGAAGGCUCAAGAAGAGGUGAGAAAAAUAGUGGGAGAUAAGCCUAAGAUCGAUGCAAAUGAUGUUAACAAUAUGGUUUACUUGAAAUGUGUGAUUAAAGAAGUUAUGAGGUUACAUCCACCUGCUCCUCUUUUACUAGCUCGAGAAACGACAGAGAAAGUAGAGCUUGGAGGGUAUCAUAUUCCAGCUAAAACACAAGUUUUCAUCAAUGCAUGGGCAAUUCAUAGGGACCCAAAGUCAUGGGAUAGGUCAGAGGAGUUCAUACCUGAGAGGUUUGAGAAUGAUCAGUAUAUUGAUUUCAAAUUAGGACAGGACUCCCAUUUCAUUCCAUUUGGUUUUGGGAGAAGGGGUUGCCCUGGCUUGGCUUUUGGGCUUUCCACUGUUGAAUAUCUCAGUGCAAAUCUUUUACAUUGGUUUGAUUGGAAGUUUCCCAAUGAAGAUGAUUCUAGCCUGGACAUGAGUGAAUGUUAUGGUCUCACUGUUUACAAGAAAGUUCCUCUUCAUCUUGUACCAAUUCCCUAUUUACCUUAAACUAAAAAUCCUAUAUAAUAUGCCACAAAUAAAAAAUAAAAAGCUUAAAUAAUCUGUAAUGUUGGUGAAUGGUGAUGAUUCUCUUCACACCAGAUGUAGUUGCAAUGUGCAAGAAUUACUAUUAAUAAUCGAGUGCAAUAAAAUGUGUUUUUUUUUGUUUUCCUUA